CUCCCUUGUCAACGCUCUGCAGUCGCGUAAUCGACGCGGAGGCGGACGCCAGCGUGAGGAAGACGAGUUGGGCUCCCCGCCCACGACCACCCCGAUUGCGGCUGAGGCGGGCGAGGAUCUGGCUCCGGAGGAGGAUGACGGACUCUGGUGUACACCUUCGUCCUUUGCCUCCGAGCGUUCCCACCGUUCAAGGGGGAAGUCAUGGAGCUCGAGGCUGCCAAUCCACCACCGCGCCCGUCCAGGCGGAUGACCUCCUCGAUGGAAACUGGAUCCUCCUGAGGACGACGAGCUCGCCGUGGAUAGCCGCACAGGAGGUUGGAGAGAAGCUCGCCCGUGGAGGAGGAUGUCGACAAGGACGACGGGGAGCGGCGGUGCGCAGAAGAGCAGCAAUGACGAGUUUCAAGGUUUGGAUCCGGCGCUACGGCCAGGCAUACGCUGUGCUCUUCUUCGUCCAUGGUCAGCUGAGGAGAGAAAGAGUGAAGGAGUGGGGAGUCAAGACGAUGGGCAUGAUAGGAUAAGGAGAAAGGAGGGCAGCUUCACGGGAGGCAGGCAAGCUGUGAUGUGCACACUUUGGGUCCUUUAGGGAGAAGAAGGUGUACAUGACAAGGCUGUUUUUGCAAUAGUGCAGCUAGCACGAAUAUCGAGGGA